AUGAAUCCCUCCGCCGCCGUCGACCCACCACUGCUCCAGCCACCGCAACCACCGCAGGCACACCGUCCUUCCACCUCCUGCCCCCGCCACCCGGAGGAAAGCUUCACCGGCUUCUGUCCCUCAUGCCUCUGCGAGCGCCUCGCUGUCCUCGAUCACUCUGCUUCCGCUUCCGCUUCCGCUGCUUCCACUUCCCGCAAACCCCCCCUCGCCACCGCCGCCCUUAGGGCCAUCUUCAAGCCCUCCAACUCCAACUCUUCCGCCGCCGCUGCCCCGAGCUUGAAGCCUUCCUCCUUCUUCCCCGAGCUCCGCCGCACCAAGUCCUUCUCCGCCUCCAAAAACGAAGGGUUCUCCGGCGUCUUCGAGCCCCAGAGGAAAUCUUGUGACGUCAGGGGGCGCAGCACUCUCUGGUCCUUGUUCUCCCAGGACGACGACCGGAACCCAGGCAAAGAAAUCGACCAGCCCAGAGCUUCUACCUCCAGCAUCCGUGCCGCUUCUCUUUUCAAGUCCAGCGAAGACGGCGAAAUCGAAACAGAGAGCGAAGUUCGGCCUGACAUCAAUGCCAGAGUCGCCAUUGACGAGGCCAUUUUGACUGCCAGAAACUCCAACGCCAAGCCAAUUGAAGAAAUAAUCGAGGAAGAGGACGAAGAAGAGGAGGAGGAGGAGGAAGAGGAAGCCAUUGUGGCGAUAGAGCCAGAGCCGGCGGCGGUUCAAGAAGAAGAGGAGGAAAUUUUGAAGCCGAUGAAAGACCAUAUAGAUCUCGACUCCCAAACCAAGAAGCCCUCCUCGGGGAGCUUCUGGUCCGCCGCCUCUGUAUUCAGCAAGAAAUUGCAGAAAUGGAGGCAAAAGCAGAAGAUGAAGAAGCGGCGGAACGGCGGUGGCCCAGGGUCGGCCACAUUGCCGGUGGAGAAGCCCAUUGGGAGGCAGUACAGAGAGACCCAGUCGGAAAUCGCCGACUAUGGCUUCGGCCGUAGAUCGUGCGACACGGAUCCGAGAUUCUCGCUCGAUGCCGGCAGAAUAUCGUUCGACGACCCUCGCUACUCCUUCGACGAGCCCCGCGCCUCGUGGGACGGUUACCUCAUCGGAAGAACUUUCCCCAGAAUGCCCACCAUGCUCUCCGUCGUCGAGGACGCUCCGGUGAACGUGGUACCAAGGUCCGACGCUCAAAUCCCCGUCGAAGACCCCACGCCGCCGGCUGCGGUAACAACAGCCGAAGACGAGACGACGGUGGUUCCCGGUGGGUCGAUCCAGACGAGGGAUUAUUACUCCGAUUCCUCCUCCAGGAGAAGGAAGAGCCUCGACCGCUCCAACUCCAUCAGAAAGACGGCGGCGGCCGUGGUGGCGGAGAUCGACGAGCUGAAAUCCUCUGUUUCUUCCAACUCCAAAGUGUCUCCGGCGACCGUCGAGUCCUGUCCGAAGCUGCCAGCAGCUGCAGUCGUCCCUCCCGACAGGGACUGGAGGGACUCCAACUCCAACUCGCUGCGGGACGAUUGCUCCGUGGAGACGUUCGAUUUGGGUUUCCGAGACAAUGCAUCGGCGGUAGCUUCUUCUGCUAACGGCAAGGCAGGGGUGAACAAGAAGUCGAGGAGGUGGGGGAAAGCUUGGAACAUUUGGGGGUUCAUACACCGGCGAAGUGGGAACAAAGACGAUGACGAAGAUAGUCGUUACAGCAGGGUAAAUGGGGUGGAGAGGUCGUUUUCGGAGUCGUGGCCGGAGCUAAGAGGGGGAAGGAACGGAGAUGCCAGAAUGGGUGCGGGGUUCAACAACCCCAAGCUUUUGAGGAGCAAUAGUAGCCUGAGCUGGAGGCACUCCAACGGGUUCGCCACUGUCGGCGGCGGCGUUGGUGUGGGGUCAUUUGGGAGUGGAAGAAAGAGCAAUGUAGAGACUUGUAGUAAUAAUGGGUUUGGAAUUGGAAGGAAGAAGAGAGAGGAGUUUGUGUUGGAGAGGAAUAGGAGUGCAAGGUAUUCGCCCAGUAGUGUUGACAAUGGUCUGUUGAGGUUCUACUUGACGCCGCUGCGAGGCAGCCGGAGAGCCCCAGCGAGCGGCAGUGGAGGAGGAGGAUGGGGGAAGGCGAAAACGAAUCAAGCACAUUCGAUCGCUAGGAGUGUUCUGCGAUUGUAUUAG